AUGCCUUCCCCAGCAGCAGGAAAGGGUGACGCCCCCCGCACCCCAACUAAGCUCGGACGGAAGCCACAAGCACCUGCGCCAAAGCUCAACAAGCCUCAGGUAGGCAAGUCGGAGGAUGCCCCCACCUCCGACAUGCCCGAGCAGGCAGAGGACCUGAAGCAGCAAGGAGAGGAGAAGGCGGAAGACGCCAAGAGCCAGGCGCAAGACACUGCAGAAGACACCAAGCAAAAGGGUGAAGAGGCUGCCCAAGACACAAAGGGCAAGGCGGAGGAAGCUGCGGAAGACACCACUGGCAAGGUUUCACAAGCUGGCGACGAGUUAGAGCAAGCUGAGCCUAAACCAAUUGACGACGACAACGAUGCCGACGAAGAGGCCGACGAGACUGGCGACGACGCUACACAAAAGGCCGGCGACGAUGCCGAAGACACCGCCGACAACACCGAGGACGACGCGACAGAUACCACCAGCAGAGCGGCUGACACCGGCAAGCAGGCUGGUGGAGGUGCAUUGAGCGGUGCUCGCGGUCUUGCUGGCCGCGCGUCGAACCUUGCCGGCAAGGCCAAGCAAGACCCCCAGGGUGCUGCUCAGGACGCCGGCAACGAUGUUCAGCAGGGCGCCCAGGAGACAGCGGAGGAUGCGCAGGACACUGCCGAGAGCACCGCCGAGGGUGCUCAGGAUACAGCCGAUUCCGCCAAGGACACUGCUCAGUCCAAGGCUGGGGACGCUAAGAGCACCGCACAAGACACAACGGACGAUGCUCAAAGCAAGGCUCAGGACGCUACUGAUGGCGCAACCGACGCUGCCCAGGAUGCUGCUGAGGAUGCUGCUGAGGAUGCUGCUGAGGGUGUCACCCCUGACCUUAGCAUGCUCAAGGGCCUUGAGGUCGACGAGGAGGGGUUGAUCAAGAACCAGGACGGAAGGGUCGUUGGCCGCCUUGUAGAAGGUGAUGCCGAGGAUCUUACUGGCUACCCCAUUGGCGACAACGGAGAAAUCCUUGACGACGAUGGUGACCUCGUCGGUCGCUGCGAACUCACUCCCGAGAUGGCAGACGAGCAGCUUCAAGGUGCCGGUGGCAAGAUGCCCGACGUCGAUGUUCUGAAGGGUCUUACCGCCGACCGCUCCGGCCAAAUCCUCAACGAGGACGGUGACUUCGUCGGUCAUCUUGUCGACGGAGACCCAUCUGAGAUCCAAGGCAGGGAGUUCAACGAGAACGGCGAGAUCCUAGACGAUGAUGGUAACGUCAUCGCCAAGGCCGAGCUUUCUCCCGAAGCCGCUGACCUUCCGGCGUACCAGCAGGAUGAUGAUGAAGAGGAGGAAGAGGAAGGCGGUGCAGCUGAGGGCGUCACCAAGAAGGCUCAACAAGCCAAGGAUGACGUCAAGGAUACCGCCGAGGAUGCCGCCGAAGGUGCCAAGGACGACGUUGAGGAGAAGGCUGCUGAAGUUGAAGACGAGCUUCCCGGCGUCGAGGCCCUGGAGGGCAUGGAGAUCAACACCCAGGGUGAGAUCCUCAACGACGACGGCGACGUUGUUGGCAACGUCGCUGAUGGUGACCUUGAGAACAUCGAAGACGUCAAGGGCCUUACCGUCAACGACAAGGGCGAGGUCGUCGACAAGGACGGCAACGUCCUGGGCCAGGUCGAACUUGCUGAGGGUGCAGCCGACAAGCUCAAGGAGUCUGCUGCCGGUGCUCUGGACACGAGAAUCUUGGACGGCCUCAAGGUCAACAAGAAGGGCAAGAUCCUUGACUCUGACGGUGAAGAGAUCGGUGAGCUCACUGACGGCGACAUCAGCAAAUGUGCUGGCAAGAAGGUUAACGGCAAGGGCGAGGUACUUGACAAGGACGGCAAGGUCAUUGGCAAGGUCGAUGUCGUUGCUGGUGAGGCUGCUUUCAACGCCAUCAAGGAGCUCAAGGAGCAACUUGGCGAGACCGAGGAGGAGGACGAGCAGGCUGAUGAGGAUGCUGAGCCAGAGAUGAGGGAGGUCACUCCUGAAAUCGACGAGCUCGAAGGCUUCAAGGUCAACAAGAAGGGCCAAGUCCUCGAUGAGGAGGGCGAACCAAUCGGUGAGCUUGUUGAGGGCGACGCUGCGAAGUGUGCCGGCAAGAAGAUCAACGAGAGGGGCGAAGUUGUUGACAAGGACGGCAACGUUCUUGGCAAGGUCAAGGCCCUCCCCAAGAUGGUCGAAGCCUCCGAGGUCCAGGAGCCUGAAGUCAAGGAAGUUGAGGUCAUCCCAGAGAUCAACGAGCUUGAGGGCUUGAAGGUCAACAAGAAGGGCCAAGUCCUUGACGAGGAAGGCGAGUCAAUCGGCGAGCUUGUCGAAGGUGACGCUGCCAAGUGCGCAGGAAAGAAGAUCAACGAGAAGGGCGAGGUACUUGACAAGGACGGAAACGUCAUCGGCAAGGUCAAGGCCCUUCCCAAGAUGGUCGAGCAGCAAGUCGGUCAGGCUGAGGAUGCUGCUGAAGACGCUGAGGGCGCUGCCGAGGAUGCCCAAGACGCCGCCGAAGACGCUCAAGAUGCGGCCGAAGAUGCUGAGCAGGAGGAGCUGGAGCUUGACGAAGACGGCCGUCCUCCUGUUUCCAUUCUUGACGGUCUCAAGUGCAACAAGGCUGGCAAGCUCAUCGACUCCAACGGUAACAUCGUUGGUGAGCUCAUCGAGGGAGAUGCAAAGAAGCUCUCCAAGUCCGGCACCACUUGCGAUGCUGAAGGCCAGUUCUGGGACAACAAGGGCAAGGUCAUUGGCCGCGCCCAGACCGUUCCCAAGGAAGAGGGUGAGGAGGAAGCUCCCUUCGCUGGUCUUGACGGCCUUGUCGUCGUCAAGGAUGGUUUCGUCGAAGAUGACAAGGGCAACCGCGUCGGCCAGGUCGUUGAGGGCGAUGCCAAGAAGCUUGUUGGUCGUGCUGUCGACGAAGAUGGUGACAUCCUUGACAAGAAGGGCUCAGUCGUGGGUCACGCUGAACGCUACGAUGAGCCUGAACAAGAGGCUGAGGAGGAGGAGGAGGAGGCGCCAGAGGAUCUUUCUAUCCUUGCUGGCAGGACUGUCAACAAGCAAGGCAACGUCAUUGGUGACGAAGGCGUUCCCAUCGCCCGCCUUGUUGAAGGCAACCCCAAGGAGCUUUCGGGACGCAAGAUUGAUGAAAAUGGCCUCAUCUUCAACGACACUGGCAAACAGAUCGGUCGCUGCGAGCUUAUUCCCAUGAAUGAGCGCGAGAGCAAGCCUGAGGGCAUCUUCGCCGGUCUUGAAGGCCUCCGCGUCAUCCAGGGUGGUAUGGUUGCUGAUGAGGACGACAACACUGUUGGCCGUAUCGUCGAAGGUAACCCCAAGCGUCUCGUUGGCAUGGCUGUUGAUGAGGACGGUGACAUCCUUGACAAGUACGGCAAUGUCAAGGGCCACGCUGAGCCUCUCGAAGAUGAGGAAGAGGAGGAGCCCGCCGACCUAUCCAUCCUUGAUGGCCUUACCCUCAACAAGCAGGGUUAUCUCGUCAACGCUGAGGGCAUUCCGGUCGGAAAGCUCGUCGAGGGCAAUUUGGCCGAGCUUGCCGGACGCAAGUCUGACGGCGAAGGUCUCAUUCACGGAGACACUGGCAAGGUUGUCGGUCAGUGCGACAUCAUUCCUCCUAACGAGCGCCCUGAGCGUAAGGAGGGUCCAUUCGCUGGAUUUGAGGGUCUUCGCGUGGUCAAGGACGGAUUCGUCGAAGACAAUGACGGCAACCGUGUCGGACAGCUUACUGAGGGCGACCCGAAGAGGCUCGUAGGUCACACAGUUGAUGAGGACGGUGACAUCAUCGACAAGUACGGCAAUGUCAAGGGCCACGCUGAGCCUCUCGAAGAUGAGGAAGAGGAGGAGCCCGCCGACCUAUCCAUCCUUGAUGGCCUUACCCUCAACAAGCAGGGUUAUCUCGUCAACGCUGAGGGCAUUCCGGUCGGAAAGCUCGUCGAGGGCAAUUUGGCCGAGCUUGCCGGACGCAAGUCUGACGGCGAAGGUCUCAUUCACGGAGACACUGGCAAGGUUGUCGGUCGGUGCGAUAUCAUCCCUCCUAACGAACGCCCUGAGCGUAAGGAGGGUCCAUUCGCUGGAUUUGAGGGUCUUCGCGUGGUCAAGGACGGAUUCGUCGAAGACAAUGCCGGCAACCGUGUCGGACAGCUUACUGAGGGCGACCUGAAGAGGCUCGUCGGUCACACAGUUGAUGAGGACGGUGACAUCAUCGACAAGUACGGCAACAUCAAGGGCCAUGCUGAGCCAUGGUCAGAGGAAGAAGAAGUCGAAGAGGAAGUCGACCUCAGCGCUCUUGCCGGUUGCACUGUCAACAAGGCUGGCAAUGUUGUUGAUUCCAGUGGAACCAUUCUCGGACGCGUUGCCGAGGGUGACCCAGCUACCCUGGCCGGCAAGAAGGUUGAUGGUAAGGGCCAGAUUUGGGACAACGAAGGUAACGUCAUUGGACUUGCUGAGCUUGCCCAUGGUCAGAAGUCUGGCCCUGAGGGUCCAUUUGCUGGUUUCGACAACGCAACUGUCACCAAAGACGGCACCGUUCAGACACCUUCUGGUGAAAUCAUCGGUCGUGUUACCGAGGGCGACAUCAAGAAGCUCGAGGGUCACAAGGUUGACGAAGAUGGCGACAUCAACGACAAGAACGGCAACGUCAUUGGCAAGGCCGAGCGCUGGGAACCUGAAGAGAAGGAGCGUCGCGUCAACCCCAUGUCUGGCAUGCGUGUCAACAAGGAGGGCGAGGUUCGCGACGAGAACGGCGACAUCAUCGGUCGUCUCACUGCUGGUGAUCUUGGUCAUUGCGCUGGUCUCGAGAUUGACGACAACGGCUAUGUUGUGGACAACGACGGCAACAAGGUCGGAGAAGUCACUCUUCUUGAGAACAUCCAGGAAGAAGAGGAGGUGCCUGAGGAUGAGACCGAUGAGGAGAGGCAGCGUCGUGAGGACUCUGAGCUCGCGAAGAAGAUGUCAGCCAUUUGCGAAGACACUCUUCAACGCGUCCAGCCCGUCAUGAAGCAGAUCACCGAGUACAUCGAACAAGCCGACCGCACUCCUCGCGAUGAGCUCGAUGAAGAGGAGCUUGUCAACAACGUCAAGCCUCUUAUUGAAGAGGGCUCGCGCAUCCUCAACGACUGCAAUGGCUCUCUCCGUGGACUUGACCCCGAUGGCCGUAUCGCCGCUCAAGCCAAGGGCCGCCAGCAAACCGGUGAAGCCUCUCCUGAGGAGUACAAGCUUGCCGACAACCUCAAGGAGCUUACUACCACGGUCGUCACUACCAUCGACAACGCGAAGAAGAAGAUCUCCGACAUGCCCCACGCCAAGAAGAAGCUUAACCCGCUUUGGGCUCUUCUCACCGAGCCCCUCUUCCAGAUCAUCGCUGCUGUUGGUCUGCUAUUGACGGGUGUUCUCAACCUUGUUGGCAAGCUGCUCAACGGUCUGGGUCUUGGUGGCCUCGUCAACGGUCUGCUAGGAGGUCUUGGUAUCAACAAGCUCCUUGGUGGCCUCGGACUUGGUGGCCUGACUGACAUGCUCGGCGGCAAAGACGACAAGAAGAAGAAGAAGGGCGGCAACGGCCCCAUGAGCAUGGUCGGCGGCCUGCUCGGCAAGAAAUAG